AUACUUGCAUUACAUAUACUACCUAUUGUGUGCGAGAAGGCCACGUCGUCUCUGAUGCAGAACCGAACGUAACUGAGAGAUAGUGAAGAGACUGUUUGUGUCUAACACACUGAUAAGGGAUACCCUGCUGUUGUCAGAAGGGAUAAAGUGUUGUUGCCAAAGUGGUUGCUGCUUGUGCUGUCGAAAAGUAUACAGUUUUGUUGCCAACAGUGAGCAGUGAAACACUUGUGGCUUCUUUAUGGAUAUUCCGCUAUUGUCUAUGGAAAUGGUCUGAUGUUGUUUAAAGGAAUAUUCUGUUGUCGUUGACAGGAUAUAGAGGAAAACACACGGCAGCAGAAGUUGAUUCCUGCAGUGGACCAACGGAACCAUGGAUAGAAAAUAUGUCAUAGCAAUUGCUGUAUGUGCGACUGUGAUAGUCGUCAUCAUCGUCAUCGUCGUUGUCGUCGUGGCUCUGUUAAUCAGACGUCGGAGGAGGGUUGUUCGUAGACAACGACCACGACCACAGAGCUCAGUUUCUGUUGAGGGUACCCUUCAAGUUAGGGCAGCAAAGAAUUAUCGAAUCAGCCGCGAUGACAUCGUGGAAAGAUCAGGAAAAGACGACUUGGAGCUGAAAGACGUGACCAACAGCCCGACAGGGGAGGCAAUCACAGCUAUGUGUCCCCCGACACCUCCAGUUGGUGGAGCCGCUCCCCCGCGUCUCGAUCCCAUAUAACGCCAGGACAAUC